AUGGCUGAGGCGUCACGGUGGCACCGAGGCGGGGCUCCGAAACCUAAGCUGCAUUACAGAAAGGAAGUAGAAAUUAGAACCACACUUCAGGAGUUGUCACUCUACUUUAUUUUUUUAAUAAACCUAUGUAUAUUGACUUUUGGCAUGGUAAACCCACAUAUGUAUUACUUAAACAAAGUUAUGUCAUCUCUAUUUUUGGACACUUCUGUGCCUGGUGAUGAAAGAACCAACUUUAAGUCUAUUCGCAGCAUAACUGAUUUUUGGAAGUUUAUGGAAGGACCCCUUUUGGAAGGUCUGUACUGGGACGCAUGGUACACGAACAAGACUUUGUAUAAUUUAAAGAACAGCAGUCGCAUCUACUAUGAGAACAUACUUUUAGGAGUGCCCAGAGUCCGUCAACUAAGAGUCCGCAACAACACAUGCAAGGUCUAUUCGUCCUUUCAGUCUUUGAUGAGUGAAUGUUAUGACAAAUACACUUCUAGCAAUGAAGACACGUCUGAUUUUGGCCUUAAGCAGGAAACUGAAUGGAAGUACUCUACUCCUGAUAGUAGCUCCCCUUGGCACUGGGGAUUUGUUGGUGUUUACCGAAAUGGGGGAUUUAUUUUCACUUUAUCAAAAUCAAAAUCUGACACAAAAAACAAGUUCAUUAACCUUCGACUCAACAGCUGGAUCACAAGAGGGACCAGAGUUAUUUUCAUUGAUUUUUCGUUAUACAAUGCUAACGUAAACCUGUUUUGCAUCAUCAGAUUGGUGGCAGAAUUCCCUGCAACUGGAGGAAUCAUUACUUCAUGGCAGUUUUACUCUGUGAAGCUCCUCAGAUAUGUUAGCCACUAUGAUUAUAUUAUUGCUUCCUGUGAAAUCACAUUUUGUAUUUUUCUUAUUGUCUUCACAACACAAGAAGCUCAAAAAAUAAGAGAAUUUAAGUCUGCCUAUUUCAAAAGUGUUUGGAACUGGCUAGAAUUACUACUUUUGGUGUUGUGUUUUGUGGCCGUUUCCUUCAACAUAUACUGUAAUAUACAAAUUUUUCUCUUACUUGAAGACCUGUUAAAAAACACUGAAAAAUAUUCAGACUUCUAUUUUCUUGCAUACUGGUACAUUUAUUACAACAAUAUAAUUGCUAUUACCAUCUUUUUUGCAUGGAUAAAGAACAUGUUCUUGGCAAUUAUUAACGAUACCUAUUCUGAAGUGAAAGCUGAUUAUUCAAUAGGCAGAAGGCCAGAUUUUGAACUUGGUGAAAUGAUUAAAAAGAGUUACAACAAUGCUCUUGAAAAACUUAGACUAAAGAAACCUCAAAAGGAUGAAGACAAUAAAGGUAUGAAAGGCGAUUUGGCUGAGCAAGCCAGAAGAGAAGGCUUUGAUGAAAAUGAGAUUCAAAGUGCAGAGCAGAUGAAAAAGUGGAAAGAGAGGCUUGAGAAAAAGUAUUAUUCUUCAGAAAUUCAAGAUGACUACCAGCCUGUCACGCAACAAGAAUUUCGAGAACUCUUUUUAUAUGCCGUGGAGCUGGAGAAAGAAUUACACUACGUCAGUUUAAAACUAAACCGAGUGAUGAGAAGGAUUUCAGCUCUACAAAAUUAA